AUGCCUACCAGGUCCCAACCUCAUAAGCCGAAUAAUGCCCGCCACGCGCGUACGACCUCUUGGUCGACUGGAUAUAACCAUUUAACCCAGGGCCCCGGUGAACCCUCCGAUUCACAACCUCCCCGACGCCGCCGUGAAUCCAACAUCUCCCUCGCCAGCGUCGACGAGGGUAUUGCCGUUAAUUCCACCACCGACCCCUCCGAUGACCCCGACAUGAUCCGCAAUACUUCAAUGGAUCUGGACGUUCGCAAAACGUCGCACCAUGUGCGCUCCCGCUCUCAGAGCCAUGCGCAAGCCCUGCUCAUGCAGGAGACCGAAAUACCCGCCCAACCGCCUGUCCUCGCUCGUCCUCCCCCAGUAACAUGGAUGUCACUGCCUCGAAAGGGCCAAUUGGCUUUACUCGGUCUCUGCCGUGUCUUCGACUUUCUUCAGAUCGCCUCAUUACAGGCUUAUAUGUUCUACCAGUUAAAGUCCUUCGAUGAGAACCUCUCCGACUCUGAUGUUGCGACGCAGGCCGGUAUUCUACAGGGUGCUUUUACCGCUGCCCAGUUCGCUACGGCUAUCCCUUGGGGUCGUGUCGCUGAUGCCGAGUGGGGUGGUCGCCGCUUUGUGCUGCUGGUCGGCCUGGUGGGCACAGCUGUCUCGUGCUUGGGUGUUGCCUUUUCUACCUCAUUUGCUCAAGCGGUCUUCUGGCGCUCUUUUGGCGGUGCUAUCAACGGCACUGUUGGUAUCAUCCGAACUAUGAUUGCGGAGAAUGUCAAGGAGAAGAAGUAUCAUUCGCGCGCCUUCUUGAUUCUACCUAUUGGAUUCAAUGUCGCUUCGCUGUUUGGUCCCGUGAUGGGUGGUAUGUUUGCCGACCCCGUCAAGAGCUACCCGCGCUUGUUUGGCCCCAAUUCUUCCUUUGGUGGCGAGAAUGGUGUGCAGUGGUUGGAAAAGUACCCCUACGCUCUGCCCAUGUUGGCCAAUUUCUUCUUCCUCUCGAGCUGCGCCUGCUUGGUUGGCUAUGGCCUGGAGGAGACCCUGUUGGCCUGCAAGGGCAAGCCCGGUCUGGGCGCAUUCAUCAUGAAGUUUUUCGCUCGCAGUGUGCGUGGCGUGGUGGGAACAUCUUCGCCAAUCUACUCGAAACUGCCAUUUCGCGACUACGACGAGGGUGGUCCCCUCAUGGGCCAAGCUAUGGACCGCUCCGAGAGCUACGAGUUGGAGGAGAAAGCCAGACCCAUGCAUGUCAAACGGGUCCUGCCCUUUGGCCGGAUCUGGACCAAGAACGUAUGGUGCACGCUGCUCGCUCAGGCCUUUUUCGACUUCCAGAUGGGCGCCUUCAACAACCUGUGGCUGCUUUUCCUGUCUACUCCCCGUUACGAUGCCAAUGACCCCGCCGCCCCAGCUCAAAGUCUCCCAUUCAGCUUCACUGGUGGACUUGGCAUGCUUCCGCAGAGUGUUGGUUUCGCGACCGCCAUCCUAGGUGUUAUUGGCAUGUUGCUCCAGUUCACCAUCUACCCUUCGAUCAAUGGACGCUUGGGUACAGCUAAAAGUUACCAAUAUUUCCUCUCCCUCUUUCCCUUGGCAUACGCCCUGGCCCCAUACAUCUCGCUGGCCCCAUCCACUAUCCCGCCCCCGGGCCAAGCCAAUGGCCCCUGGGUUUGGCUUUGGAUUAUUUUCGUCCUGUUCCUUCAAGUCACCGCUCGAACCUUCACCUUGCCGACCUCUAUCAUUCUCCUGAACAACUGCUCGCCGCAUCCAUCCGUUCUCGGUACCAUCCACGGCAUUGGCCAGUCAGUGUCAUCCGCCUUCCGAACCAUCGGCCCCAUUUUCUCAGGCGCAUGGUACGGUUACGGCUUGGAAAUCGGCAUGGUUGGCUUCGCCUGGUGGCUGGUGGCCCUAGUUUCGAUCUUCGGCUGCGCAGCAGCUGUCUUUGUUUAUGAGGGCUCCGGUCAUGAGAUUCUUCUUCCUGGUGAGGAAGAUGAUUUCCAAGAGCACUGA